UUCCCACAAUGCUCCGCAGGAGGGCCGCGCUACCCUCUCAGUGUAAGCGGAGCCCAUUGGUGAAAGGAGAGCGACCCCGGCAGGCCUAUCAGCUCCCCUGUCAUUGUGCGGUGGCAGCAACCGACGUACACAGAUUAAGCGGGGCUCGGUUCAGCCUCCCUCAGUUACUACUGCUGCUCCUGCCGCCGCCUUGAAAAAGCGGCGUGGCAACCAUGAACCUGGGGGAUGGUUUAAAGCUUGAAACUGAAAUUCUGGAUGGAAAACCUAGACUGAUAGUGGCUACUUGUGUGAAUAAGUCAAAACCAACCAUAAAGCAGAUGUGUAAUAAAAACAAAAUAAUAAAACAUACAUCAAGAACCAAACUGAAUGGACAUGUUCUGAAAUCUGUUCAAACAUCUUGUGAAAAGAAUGAAUGUUUUACAAAACACAAAACUGGAUCACGGUUUUCAGUGACAAACGAUAGUAAAACUCCAGAGACAUUGAUAUGUGUUAAGGAUUUGUCAAACGAACCCUCCAGUAAAAAUCAUGCUGCAAAACCUGAUUAUACAAGAAUUUCAGUAAAGAAAUCUUUGGCAUCCAAUAAGAAGUUUAAAAAACAUCCUGCUUCUGUUGAGGAUCUAAGGGACAAUUUGGUAUGCUUAACACAACAACAGCUUGAACAGAUUUUGAUGGCAGUUAAAGAAGGAACCAAAGUUCAGGAUGAAAAGAAGGAAGAAGCAAUAUUGGAGAGUUCAGACAACAACAUUCCUCCUGAUGAGGCUACAGAAGAAAACAUAAUGGGAUUACUCCAGAAGGCUGAGAUUCCAACAGUUUCAAGUGAAAAUAGUUUCAUUUCAAGCAAAAAACAAGGAACAUUCAAGCAUGCUGAACAAAAAAUAAUUACCAGGAAUUCAUGGAAACCAGCUGAUAUGUUUAGUACCCUAGGAGAAAGAGAGAGAGAUAAAUCCUUACUAGAUGCCAAGAGGUCCCAAUGGAAGAAAGAAUUGGAUGAACAGGUAGCUUUAAAAAAGAAGCUCAAAGAAGCUUUGGAAACAGAGUCAAAAUAUUGCCCGUUUUGGCAUAAAACUGAUGUAAGAAGCUGCUCAGAAAAAUGGCAAUUGGCUCAAGAUAAGAUGGCAUUUUCAGAUGACCUGAGUGCUACAACAGAAGAUAGCCACAUUUGUAGAUGUGUAACCACCGAGACUAGUGAAGUAUCACCCAGCGUUUUGAGUGGUCAAACAGGACAGUUUUCUAGUUUCAGUUCUCCUGAUUUACCUGCUGCUAUUCGGACAGCAUUUGUGUUAGGGGAACCAGCACCAGUAGAACAUCCUUUUAGUGCUGUCAAACGUGAACAACAGAAAAAAUGGCUGGAAGAGCUUGAUAAACAGAAAGAAGCUGAUAAGCUGCGAAAACUUGAAGAAAAAUGUAAUUUAUCAAAGGGUGAAGAACAUGACAAGUGGACAAUGCAUUUUGAUUCUUUCAGGAAUCAGGCUAACAGUUUUUCACAAUGUCCAUUAAAUUCAACAUAUAAAAAGCAGGCUGAAGCUUUACAUCUUCCCCCUGAGGUUCAGAAACAAACAGCUUUCACACCUACAACUUCAUGCCAUUCGACACCUACAGAGAUUGAGGUUUCUGGAAAAACAUCUAGAAGCAAUAUUUCAGAGUCAAGUCAGAAAGCCAGUUUCCUUCGUUCAAUGACUGCCCUUUUGGAUCCUGCUCAAAUUGAGGAAAGAGAGAGGCGACGUCAAAAGCAAUUAGAACAUCAGAAAGCCAUAAUGGCACAAGUAGAAGAAAAACGGAAGCAGAAACAACUUGAAGUGGAGCAAAGGAAACAGGAAGACCAGGAAGAAGAGCAAAGGCUUGCCAAAGAACAAGAACUGAUGAAGAAGCAGUUUGAAGAAGAUCUGCUCAAACAAAAGCAAAAAGAGGAAAUUAUGGCUCUUAAAACAAAUGUGCUAUAUCAGACAAUGCAGAAAGCUCAAGAGCUGGCCCAGAGAUUGAAACAGGAACAACGCAUUAAAGAGUUGGCUGAAAAGGGACAUGAUACUUCUAAACUACAAAAGAAUAUUGGUAGCAGUGAUAUAAAUUAUGAGAGUUACUGUACUGAUCUGGAUGGCUUACUGAAUGUCACUGAUCACCAUGAUGACUUUUGUGAAGGCAGUCGCAGCAUAGUGAACCAUGAUGUCAAAACUGUUCUUUCUCCUCGAAAAGACACCGCUGUGCAGACAGAGAGUAAUACUGAUGUACCCAUCAGUACUGAAAACUCUGCUAUGCAAAUUGGAAGUGCAUCUCCAGAUAUUACUGCAGAAUAUAAAGCAAACUUCAGCAACAAAAAAUGUAAGAAAGAAGUACAGUGUCUAGAGAAAAAGAUUUCAGAAAAAGAGAAUAUUGUUGCCUAUAGCAAUAUAUAUGAACAAUCUGCACAACAGCAGAAACAGCCCAAGGAAAAGAAUGAGCAAAGGCCAGACUGGAACAUAAACAAGCCUUGCAAGAGAUACAUCCCAGCCUCAGAAAAAUACCCAAGACGGCUGCAAAAGCAAAGGGAAGAAAAGAAAGCUCGGCGACAAAUGGAGCUGCUUCAGUUGGUUGAAAGAAACACUCCUAGACAUCUCAGUCAAAAGAGUGUCAUUUCUCCGGAUAGACCUCUCUCACCUCCCAGUGAAGAUGGUGUUAAGAAUAAGGAAGAAUCACUUCUGAAAAACAAUUUGGUUGAACUAAGAUCUGACUCACCCCCUGUCCCAGCAGUUAAAAACAGAUUACAGCAACAAACGAAGACUUCUGAUUUCUCAACUCAUGAUAGAAAUGAUGGAAGAGAAAAAAGUAUCACUAUAAACAAGCAUCAGAGUGAAAGACCUUCAAAUUUUGCACCUGAAAGGCCACCUUCAUCUCAUUUUGUCCCCUAUGUGCGAACAAAUGAAGUAUAUUACCUUGAUCCAGAUGCACCCAUGACGAGACCUUCAACACAUGAUCCACAGUAUCACCAGCUGAACGAUGUUUACUAUACACCACGGCAGACUUUUAGCUCCGAUCACGUCCGGGACCCACUUUUUAAUCCAAAUGUGGUGAGAGACAGGCAGCAGGCCAUACUAAAAGGACUUUCCGAACUACGGCAGGGUCUUCUCCAGAAGCAGAAAGAAUUGGAGACAUGUCUUAUUCCAAGCAUUAUAAAUCAAGAAGAGAACUUCAUUUCACUACUUUAGGAAUUCCAAGUUCGAUGAACAGAUAUUUUGCUGUGUUGGCACUUUACACUUACUACUGUAAUUAUGAACGAAGUCUGCAGAAUGUGGAACUUGUUCAUUCAGUUGAAGAUGCUUGAAUAAAUGAGUACAUAUUUUGUAUGUGUAACUACCAGUAAUAGAAAGAAAAUCUUUAAUGGGAAACAGUGCUGCAUGUUACUUUGUUUACGUGGAAUAGUUGUCAAAAUAAUUUAAAUUUUAUGUAUUUUGUUCUUAGCAUGAAUAAUAAAGUAUUGGAUAUCCAAAUGCAA